AUGGUUCAUCCGCAGGAACAACAUCAUCAGAUUCAGAAUAGUGAUGUAUGUUUGCAGGAGGAUGUUAGUGGUUGUUGGGGAGUGCAGGAUUCUGGGUGCCUGUCGUCUUUAUCGUUACAGAACAAGAAUAAUGUCGGGGACGAUAUGAGUGCUGAUGGUUAUAUGGGCGAUGAGUUAUAUAAUGAUCAAAAGUCUUCGUCAACGUCUAUGCUUGACAUUCAUUAUGGUGAUGAUGAGAGGAAUAAUGAAAUCGGUUUUGAACCUGAAGAAUUAGUGGAUCGCAGUGAAGAAGAAGGGGUUUUGUUCAAGAUAGAAAAUUCAGUAUUAAAAGCAGAGGCUGAUUGCAUUCAACAAGAUCAAGAUCAUGAUCUCAAAGGUGCUGCAACUUUGUUCACUCUCACAAAUUGUACUACCUGA